AAGCGCAGUUCGAGGAAGUAUUUGUGAUCCUGCGAACCCUCAACGAGUUGAACUUCGACGGUAGCCCGAAGGAUCGCCCAGCAUGGCUUCGAAAGCCAUUCCUCAGCUCGUGCGCCAGGCCACGAGGGCAGCUUCCAGAACAUCACAAGCUCAUCAUCCCCAAAGACAACCUCUUCAUAUUAGACCAUUCUCCAGCACACCCUUAUCGAGGAGUGAAGCACUCUUUGUCCACCGCAACACACCCGAAAACAACCCCUCGAUCCCAUUCAAAUUCAACGAAACGAACCUCCGCCUGAUCGAUGAGAUCCUCAAGCGUUACCCACCCCAGUACAAAAAGGCCGCCGUCAUGCCGAUCUUGGACCUCGGCCAGCGCCAGCACGGAUGGACGAGCUUGUCCGUGAUGAACGAGGUGGCGCGCAUCCUCGAGAUGCCCCCGAUGCGCGUCUACGAGGUGGCCACUUUCUACACCAUGUACAACCGGGACCCGGUGGGCAAGUACUUUGUCCAAGUCUGCACGACGACGCCGUGCAUGCUCGGCGGCUGCGGGAGUGACAAGAUCAUGAAGGCGUGCGAGGAGUUUUUGGGCGUUCAUUCCGGCCACACCACCGAAGACAAGCUUUUUACGUUGCUCGAGGUCGAGUGUCUGGGAGCGUGCGUCAAUGCGCCCAUGGUGCAGAUCAACGACGACUACUACGAGGAUCUGACGCCCGAGACGAUGAAGAGCCUGUUGCAGGCACUGAAAGACAGCUCUACCAUGACUGGCUACGACGCGAGCAAAGUGCCGAGACCGGGACCGCAGACCUACGAGGGCAAACAGAGAAUGACUUGCGAGCCGAGGGCGGGUUUGACUUCGCUGCUGGGAGAGGUACCCAAGGUCCAAGACCAUAUGAGGACGGAUGGGGAGUUGUAGGAAAGAGAAAGAGAGAAAGAGACUUGAGUUUGGAAGUCGUUUGACCGGGGAUGAGGGAUAUGUUAGGUUUCUGUGCCAUGGACAUUGCGAGAAUACUACUUCGUGAAGGCAAAGGAUGAUGGCAAUGAAACAUACUCCGUAGUCUCUGACUGAAGUUUUUAUCUGGUCUGGGAUUGCUUUCAGAGGACUGCACAUAUACAUAAAAACAAAAUGUAUGUUACGGAAAGAAAGAUUUUUGAAAGCGAAAGAGCAAAGUCCAGAGCAUCUGUAUACGCCAUCACCACCUAUGAAAAUCAUAUUGAGCACAGUGCCGGUUCCCCC